UUACGGAUGGAGGAAGCAAAUUGAAGAGAGAGAAAAAGAAGGCAGGGGAGUAAGCGUACCGCGAGUAUUCUUAGGGUUCGCAACUGACGUCAUGGUCGUCGGAUUCCGCCGCUCCAUCUCCUUGCCAGGGCUGAGCGCUAGCGCCAGCCGCCGCCGCGACGCCCGCCAUACGCGCUCCGCCAGUUUCCCCUGCCACUCCCACCCGGCCCUCUCCCUCCUCCACGAGGAGAUCCUAUCGCUUCGCGCCUCCGCGGGCCUCGGCUGCUGUUCCUCCUUUUCCGCGGCAUCAGAUCUCGAGCGGAUCGAUCGCCUCCUCGCUGCCCUCGAUGGUCUCCUCCGGCUUCCGCAGACGCAGGGCCCCCUCCGCCGCUGCGCGGCCUCGACCGAUCGCCUCCUCGACGGGUUCCUCCGCCUCGCCGACGCACAGAGCUCCUUCCGCUCCGCCAUCCUGGCGCUUGCGCAGCACGGAGCGGACGCGAGCGCCGCGACCCGGAGGAGAGACCCCGCGCGGCUAGCGUCCGCGGCCCGAUCGCACCGGCGGGCGGAGAAGGAGAUCGCGGGGCUAGCCCUGGCUAUCAAGGAUCUAACCAGAUGCGCUCCCACCGGGCCGGAUCAGUGGGCGGACGCCGAUAUCGCUGCCGCCGUGGCGGAGGCAUUGGCAGUGACGGCGACCAGGAUGGCGGCGGUUUUCCUGAGAGUAGCGGGGGCAGCCGUGACGGCGGCCGCCUCGAUUGCGAAGAAUUCGCGGAGGGGGAUUUGGGUGCUUAUGAAGAAAAGGGCGACACCAGAGGAGGCGGCGAUGGCUAAGGUGGAGGAGAUAGCGGCGGAGGGAACGGAGGAGGGAAGCAAUAGGGUUUACCGGAGCUUGGUGAACAUCAGAGUCUCGCUCCUCAACAUCAUUACUCCCUCUUUGUAAACAACUUUUCAUCAAUUUUGAUUUUUUUUCCUUUUUGUGAGUGGAAUUUGUAAAAUUAUUUUAAUAAAAACAAACAUUUCAAAUUUGACA